CCAAACCCGCAUCUGCAUCUCCAUCUACCGCUACCACCUAGACCGGCGUCCAUGCUCCUCUCGUGCUGACCACCACACUCUCUCGAUCACUCGGUAUCACCACGGGCCACACACAUACCCCUAUUCCUCAGGCCUCAACAUCAAUAUCCAAUACCUGUCCGUCAUGCACGAGCCGAUACCACCCAUGGCUACCCCCGCCGUGCUCAACCCGCCCACCCCCGCGCCCUACCGCGCAACCUCCCUCUCCUCCCUCGCCGCCUCCCCACCCACCACCACCACCCCAAGCGUGCUCCGCCCUGCCACUUCCCGCCGACACACCAUGCGCCCCCUCCCUCUCCGCCCCUCCCCGCUCUCCGGGCCCGCCCUCGCCCUCUCCGCCGACGGCGUCCUCUCCCCCGAACACCCGCCCGCCCCAGACGACGCCGCCACCAUCCUCUCGCACGACGCCGACGGCUGGAGCGCCGCCCACAGCAGCAGCCACGCCAGCUCCUUCAGCCGCUUCAGCUACAGCACCGCCCCCAGCAGCUUCAGCGACCACGCACACCCCGCCGCCAAGUUCCGCUACUCCGUCGUCAGCAUGGCCAGCGUGAGCGAGUGCGACGUCGAGGGCCCCAGUCCGCCGUUUGCAGGCGAGGAGGAGCGGAUAGGGAGGAAUAGCGCGCCAGCGUCGUUGAGGAGCCCAACAGCUGCGGCGAUAGAGCCAGAGGAACCAGAAGGAGAGACCGACUUGGAGAUGGGCGUCCUCGAGCCCGCGGCGCCCCGGCGCAUGUCCCUCUCCAAACGCUUCAGCCUCGCCAGGCUGCGCUCCAUGCCCUUUCUCAGCUCGCCCCCGCCAUCACCCACGUCAUCCGCCCACGCGCCCCCCACGAGCCGUUCGACACCCGCAAGCCCACGCCCAUCGUCCACCUACAGCUAUUCGCCUUCCAGGAACGGGCCCGAUUAUGCCAUGUCCGUGCGCAGCCAGCCCACGCGUCCGGAGCAGGCACGAGUGCGGCGGCGCUCGGCGCUCCUCCCGCCCGCGCACUCGGGCAGCACCUUCGCUAGGGCGCAGAAGGAGGAGCUCGACUACACGACGCAGUGGGUGACCGCGGUGCCCAUCGCCGCUCGCUCGCGGACGCUGCAUGCCAUCCCUAGCACGGGUGUGAGGACAAGACCGCGUACGGCGCCAGGCGAGGGCGCGAGGGCGAAGGAGGUAGAGACACCCGAGGCAACGUGGCGCAAGACUGCGCAGCCGCCACGGUUCUCGCGCGAGGGCCUGCGCGAGGCCGGGGUCGUCAUGCCCAUAAGCAAGCGCGAGGCGAGGAGGCGGAGUGUGGUGAGCAUGAUGGAGCGCGAGAGGAUGCAGGGGGCCGUACCGCCUGUGCCGCCAUUGCCGAGAGCGCUGAUGGGAGAGGGAGAGAGGAGGUGGAAGGGGAAGGAGAGGGAGGGCGGGGUGAGGGGGAUGGAUGGGGAUGGGAAGGAACGAGAACAGGCCAAGGAACAGGAGAGGGAGGAGGAGGAGGACCUAAUCCCGCCGCCGCGCCCGCUCGCACCGACCCGCUCGUCCUCGGGCACGAGCGUAAGCUCGCUCGGAUCCCUCGGUGCGCCCAUACCCAGCGGGUUCGCAGCGCACGACUCCCCGUCAGGCUCGGACGUCUCGCUAUCGCUGAUCGCACACUCCCCGCUCGCGUGCGUCGCCUCGGCCUCGAACGUCUCGCUGAACGCCCCCGGUGCUGAAAGCGGGACGGGGACGGUGCACAUCGUGUCGACGCUAGCGCGCUCCGUCUCGGCGUCUGGCUCGGCGUCCACGGUGUCGCUGAGCCUGAGCAUGACGCCUGCGCUUGUGCGCUCGGAGAGCCCGCUCGCGAGCUUGGAGAGGAGGGUCAGCGCGGAGUUUGCGAGAAGGCAGGCGCGGGAACAUGCGCAGACACAGGCGCAGGCGCAGGCGCAUCAGCUCGAGCGGAUAGAGCAGGGGAGGAUGAUGCAGGACGAGGAGCCGCUCCCUCCGCCGUCGCCGCCGUUCGCGGAGCAUCGGCAUCCGGGUACACCCUCCGCGUCGACGCCUGAUAUGUCUAGAAAAGCAUCCGCGUCGUCGCUCGCGUCUGCGGCAGCGCGGAGCACGAGCACGCUUGAUCUCGUGCAGGAGGCGGAGGCGGAGGCGGGCACGGUGCGCAGCGCGGGGACACCGGUGGGCACGCCGAGUCUUACGCGGAGCCGGACGGUGAGCACUGAGAGCGUCAGCGCGAGUGUGCGGUACGCGGGCGUGGAAGGCGAGGGCGAGAAGGGCGCGGAUGCGGACGCGGACGCGGAGACGGCGCCGCAGGUGGAGGUGCAGGUGAAUGGGGUGGCGGUAGCACAUGCUGCACGAGGAGGACUUGAGGAUAUAAGUUGGGAGAUGCUGGUGUUAGCUAGGGUGGGCUGGACUGGACUGAACUUCAAGUUGCCUGGACUGUGUUACUUUCUGGUUUUCCUUCUUUUCUGUCGCCUUUCUGCCGUCUUUGCGCUCGAGACGAGUCGAUUCAAGUUGUUUCACUACGUGCUCGUAUCUUCUUUCAGGCUGGUUCUUUUUGCGGUGACGAAUGGUUGUGACGCUUUCUUGUGUAAGAUGGAGUUUCACGUGUCGUAUAUGUUCAUCAAUUGACGUCCACGAACUCGAACAUCGUUAUAGACUGCUGGAGAUACCCGCCCGAUCCUAGUUGCAGUACGCGUGCUACCUUCCCUCCUCCAAUGCCGUCCUCUUCCCCUCUCAUGUCAUGCUCGGUCUGUGCACACCUGCUCCUUUCUUUACGCGUAGUCGUACUGCUCUCGGACA